AUUCUAUUUCUUUUUCUUCUUUCUUAAUUCCAAGACUUAUUAAACAAUGAAUAACACUAAAACAAGUGUUUUUAUCUUACAAACAAAUGAUUCCCUUGAUUUCUCAAAAUAUUGGGGGUUCAUUGACUUGUGUAUUUCAAUAAUCACUUGUGAUCAAUUACUUAUUCUUGUUGAAAUUCAAAAUACUCUAUUUCAAGCAAAGAACAAGGCCGUCCUCUUCACAAAUAUCAAUGAUCUCCUAAAUACUCUUUAUACACUCUCUGAAACCUCCAAAAAAAAGCACAAUAAGAUUCCUCUAGACGUUAAUAUCCUUUUUAACGGUUGGUGCGGAUAUGAUCUAUUUUCAGAGCCGAUAAACUGGGAUAAAAUAUAUCUUAUAAAGGAUGAUAAAUACUUGAUAGAUAGGAUCCCGUCCUAUAUAAAUUCCUAUGUUUUGGUUCUUGAAGAACAAGUUAUAAAGAGUUUUCCCAUAAAAAGAGGUUUUAUAACAAACACAGAGCAACAAGGUCUAAGACUAGAUAUUAAUAAAGGAGCUGAUAAUCCAUCGUAUAAAUAUGUAGCAGUCGGUGGAACUUUUGAUCAUUUACAUGUAGGACAUAAGAUUUUAUUAACUAUGACGGCAUGGAUUACUGAUGAAUGGGUGGUUUGUGGAGUGACUGAUAAAAUAUUAUUAAAGAAUAAGAGAUUUUCGGAUUGGAUAGAGCCAAUUGAGGCCAGAAUAGAGUCUGUUAGGAGGUUUUUUUAUUUAAUUAAUAGGACUAUAUUUUUAUCGGUGACGCCGAUCUAUGAUAUAUAUGGGGUGACGGUAGUAGAUGAAAGGGUAGGGGCCAUAGUGGUAUCAGAGGAGACGAUAAGAGGAGGAGAGAUGAUUAAUGAGGAGAGAAAGGCUAGAGGGAUGAAAGAACUUGAUAUUUUUUGUAUAAAUAUUAUUGUAGAAGAAGAAGUAGUAAUAGGUGGAGAAUCGAUAAGUAUAAAAAUAAGUAGUACGAAUAUUCGGGAGGAGAUUGCAAGAAGGAGGGAGACCGUGUGAAUGGUGUAGAAUGGUGUAGAAUUGUAUAGUAUUAUUUGUAUAG